AUGUCUCCUCACAAUAAAACCAGUUAUUUGAAGUGCAAAGUGUUAAUCUUAUCAGGAAAUAUAGAUAAAACUGAAAAAAGUGCUUCAGUUCUUCAUGUAAUUUUUGCUGCAGUACUUCUUGGAUGCUUAAGUGUUGGCAUUUAUUUCCUACUUACGAAUGAAAUAAAGACUACAGGUGCAGUGGCUACAUCCAAUGUUGAAUGUACGAAAAUUGGUGUCGAUAUUUUGAAAAAAGGUGGAUCGGCUGUUGACAGUGUGGUUGCUGCGACUUUAUGUCAGGGUGUAGCACUUCCACAAAGCAGUGGAUUGGGAGGUGGAUUCAUUGCAGUUAUUUAUACAAAAGAUUCUGGAAUGAUUGAGACGUUAAAUGCAAGAGAAGUUGCACCCUUAGCAGCAACUAAGGACAUGUUUCCAGACAAUAUUUCAAGUCUUCAAGGUGGUCUUGCGAUUGCUGUGCCUGGGGAACUUAAAGGACUUUUUGAACUUCACAAAAAAUAUGGAAAAUUGUCAUGGAAGGAAGUCGUUGAAGCAACAAUUGAAGUGGCUGAAAAUGGUUACGAAGUUACAGAAUUUCUGUCAUCAAUUUUUGAUGAGCGAGGUGAAGUUAUCAAAAGUAAACCUGCGUUCUUAAAUUAUUACACAAAUCCUACAACAGGAGAAUUUUACAAAAAAGGUGAAUUGAUUAGAAAUCCAAAGCUUGCGAAUACUUUGAGAAUAAUCGCUGAAGAAGGUGCUGACGCAAUCUAUGGAAAUGGUUCGUUGGCUCAAAACAUUGUGAAAGAAAUUCAAGACGAAGGUGGAAUCAUCACAAUGGAAGAUUUGUUAACAUUUGAACCAAAAUGGGGAAAACCAGUGAUCAGUAAACUAUUCAAUGAAGACACAAUUUACUCAUUUCCACUUCCUGGAUCGGGUUCUAUUGUCGCAUUUAUUCUUAAUGUUCUCCAAGGAUUCAAUUUUCAAGACAACCCUCUCGAGUAUCACAACGAGAAUAAACUUUUCUAUCAUCGCUUGGUUGAAGCUUUAAAAUUUGCAUUUGGCAAGCGGACAAAACUUGGUGAUGAAAUGUCAGCAGAAGUUCUCUCGACAUUAGAUGAAUUGCAGAGCAUUGAACAUGCUGAAUACAUUCGCAGUCUUAUAGACGACGAGAAAACUUUCAACGAUUAUGAACAUUACGGAGCGAAUUAUUCAGUUAUUGAAGAUCAUGGAACUGGCCACAUAUCCAUUCUAGCACCUAAUGGAGAUGCUGUGGCAAUAACGUCGACAAUUAAUUAUAUUUUUGGUUCUUAUGUAAUGUCUGAAAGUUCAGGAAUUAUUUACAACAAUGAGAUGAAUGAUUUUUCAAUUCCUGCUGCAGUUUCUGACGGUUUACUUCCAGCACCAGCAAAUUUUAUUGUCCCAGGAAAAAGUCCAAUGUCAUCAAUGUGCCCAACAGUAAUUGUGAAUAAUGACAAUGAAGUGACAAUGGUUGUUGGUGGGGCUGGUGGGAUUCUCAUAAUGCCUUCCGUUGUUCAAUUCAUUCUACGAUAUUUGUUCUUUAAUGAAUCAAUGGAUUCAUCAAUGAACAGCAAACGAAUUUAUCAUCAGCUCGAACCAAUGGAAGUCGUUUACGAAGGAGAAUUUGAUGACGAAAUUGUAAAAUUCUUGGAAUCAAAACAACAUAAAACUUAUCAACAACCAAACACAGUCACAGGAUUUGCAAAUCUUGUGGCAAUCACAAGACGAAAUGGCAUAAUUGAGGCUGGCGUUGAUCCUCGACGAAAAGGUGCAAAGUUUUCAAUAUUCUGA